AUGGAUUCAAAUAGUAUUGAAGGUAGCACAUUGGUAUCAACCAUUGCAAAUUGUAUUGAUCGAAUUUUAGUGCAACAAUUGGAGGUAUUGGGUGGGAAAAUAGGAAGCAGCGAUGAUGGGGAACAUUUGCGUGAUCAGGUAGCAGAAGUAACAUCAUCAGCUAAUACGUUAAGCAAAGAAACGAACACUUUGAUGAAACGUUUGGUGGAAUUAUCAAAUGAUCAGAGGUAUGCAUCGGCAAUGAAAGUGCAUCGUGAACGACUUAUGGGUGAUUUAAUUGGUGUUUUAAAUCGUUUACAAGUAGCCCAAAGGAAUGCGGUUGCGAAAGAAAAGGAGUCAAUGAAAGCAGUAGCUGCUCAGGAUCAGCAAGUUAGCCAUCAGAUAGAACAAGUAAAUGAUGAGGAACAACAAGAACGACAGCAACUUCAGAUUCAACAUCAGCAGCAUCUCAUGGAAAUUAGAGAAAGGAGUGAGGCGAUGAGACAGCUUGAUCAAGAUAUCAGUGAUGUAACACAGGUGAUGAAAGAUUUAGCGAGAAUUGUACAUGAUCAGGGUGAAAUUGUGGACAGCAUUGAAGCAAAUGUGGAACAUGCAUCGAUGCAAGUGCAACAGGCCAGUACUUUCAUUCUGUGA